GAGAGAGAGAGAGAGAGAGAGAGAGAGAGACCAUAGCAUGGGCCGAGGGAUGACGCCGGCGACGUGGGGUGACGACGAGCGAUGGUGGGGCUAGAUGGUGGCGAGCGAAGCGACGGACGGCGCGAGUUAUGGUGGCGAACGGCGCCGGCUGGUGGGGUUGAAAGGUGGCGCGGCCAUUUACGCUCGUAUGGGGUAAGCUGCUGCACCUGCGAUCAGUCGCCAGGCCACGGGAAGAAGCUGCGAGCUCGCCGCGGCCGACGACGAGGCCGACGACGCCGGCGACGACGCAGCCGAGAGCAGCCGCGCGCUGCCGAUGAUGAGCCUGCCGAUGGCGCUCCCGAGGUGCCGAGGCUGCAGCCGAGGCGAACAGAGGCUCCUUCCGCGACGAGGCAAGACGGGGACUCGAUUAACGGACUGAUCCCCUUCGACGAGUUCCCCACGCGGUAACUACUUCCGAGGAAGCAGCAGGUGGAGAAGAGCGAGAAGAAGAAGAAGGAGAAGGAGAAGAAGAAGAAGAAGAAGAAGGAGGAGGAGAGGCGGCCCGAGACGCUCGUAAUUGAGAGGGAUCCGUGUUUAUCCCAUAAACGUCUGCUCGGCAAGUCGAAGGAACGCGGGAUGCCGCCGCCGCCACCCCCGAGCGGCGCGUCGAGGAUCCUCGCGGCGGGAAACUGGGUCUGACGAAGAUAAACUUCCCGCGCGGGGGAGAGAGAGACAGAGAGAGAGAGAGAGAGAGAGAGGGAGAGAGAGAGAGAGAGAGAGAUCAAGACAGAGAUAGGAAGCUUACACCGGCCUGAAUGGGGAGUCGCGUCGCGAAAGGGCUCGUCGCUGCUCCUCCUCGCCGGCGGAACUACCCUGAGACUACCCUGAGGCGGCGGGCGUCCCCGGUCGCGCGAGAAUCACCGUAAUAAAGCGCCGUCGGCGACCCACACCUCGUCCACAUGUCGCGACUGUCGCUGCCAUGAGGAACGUUCGCGCGGUCGUGCGGUAAACGAGACGGGAUAUUCACACACACACACACACACACACACACACCGGGAGUGGAAGAGCGAGAGUGCGACGAGAGGGCGAAAAUGAGUUCCCUGCGGAGGACGAUCAAUCAGUCAGCGCGGGAGGGCACGUCCAUGAGGAGACACGCGGUCUCGGGGCCCACCACGAAGAGCGUGAAGAACGUGAUGCACGCCAACACGGCCUCGCCGGCCUCGCCGCUGCGACACCGCUCCAAGUACGAGCUGCGGAGCAUCAGCUUGGAGGGCAACAAGGUGCUGCCGUGGACCACCAGAUCCACCGCGGACGCGAUAUCGAGGCGAGGGGUCCUGUCGAGACGAUGCUACGGCAGCGUGGAAAUGCUGCCGCAGAUCGAGCAGGACGGCGUCGACAAUGGCAGGCGAUUUCGCGUGGAGAACGGCGACUCGCUCGGCGAAAAAGAGGAGAUGUUCGGCUCGCCGAGUACACCGAUAUUGGAGAACCCGGAGUACCAGACCCGCUGGUACUUUAAAUACUUCCUGGGCAAGCUGCAUCAGAAUUACAUCGCCUCCGACCAGGAGAGGAACCCCGUCUUCCUCUCGGUAGUCACGAGCGAGGUCGGUGAUCAAUGCGUGCCGCAUUACCGAGUGAUCCUGUGGAGAAGGACCGGCGCGCAGAAGAUAUCGCUGCCGUACUCGGCGAACAAGACCAUGACCAUCAGGCAGAUCCUCAGCAACUUCUUCGGUCUCGAGAAACUCGACAAGGCGCCGCGCGAAGUUUUCUCGCCCGAGCUGCAGAAGGACCUGCUACUGCUCGAGGAGCAAGAGGGCUCGGUGAACUUCAAGUUCGGCGUCAUCUACGCGAAGGAGGGCCAAACCACCGACGACGAGAUGCUGUCAAACGAAAGGGGCAGCCUUGGCUUCGAGAGCUUUCUGGAGAUCCUGGGCGAGAGGAUACGGCUGAAAGGCUGGGACAAGUACAGGGGUGGCCUGGACGUGAAGGGAGACAUGACGGGCAAGGAGAGCUACUACACGGUUUACGCGGGCCACGAAGUCAUGUACCACGUUAGCACGAUACUGCCGUACUCGAAGGACAACCCGCAGCAGCUGGAGAGGAAGAGGCACAUCGGCAACGACAUCGUCAACAUCAUCUACACGGACGACCCGGCGGCGGUGGACACGUUCAACCCGAACUGCAUAAGGAGCCAGUUUACCCACGUGUUCGCCGUGGUAACGACCGAGCCGGACGGCAAGGGAUGGCGGGUUGCUAUUUAUUGCGACGAGACCGUACCCCUGUUCGGGCCGAGUCUACCCUGCCCGCCAAUUUUCGAGGACCCGUAUAAUCUGCGCGAGUUUCUCCUCGUUAAACUGAUCAAUGGCGAGAAGGCUACCUUCGACACCCCGACGUUCUCCAGGAAGCGGGAGAGGACCCUCGACGCCCUGUUGCGAGAUAUGUACCAGGAGCACUCGCAGGAGAGCAAGAGCAACAGCAUGCUAAAUCGCCGGGCGCUCUCGGACGUGGUGGAGGCGCCGGGACGACGGCGAGAGGAGACACGCGCCGUCGAGAUGGUGCGGGUCGGGCAGGCCUUGAAGCUGGAAGCUAUCAUGCGCGGGUUGGCACCCACUUCUCUCGCCACGGUGGGACCGUUGAAGCCCCGGCCGUGGGAGCCGAGGUGCAUCUACCCGGAUUUCCCGCACGAGGUGGUCUGCGGGGAUGUCUGGCUGGAGAAUAGGCUGAUCCUCGCCACCGAGGGCGGCACGUUCCUCAUCGAAGACGGCCUCUCGCACAGGCUGAUCUUCGACGAGUCGGUGCAGAUCAAGCAGCUGGACGUGGUGGAGCAGCACGGCAUACUGCUGUUCCGCGCCGGCGACAAGGGCAAGGAGAGCAGCGUGUACGUCUUCCGGUUGCGCGAGUUCGAGAGCGACCCCGCGGCGCGGUGCGCCGAGCUGUUGAUGGACCGCGAGAGCGACGAGCGCGAGAAGGAGGACGAGGACGACGACGAGGACACCAUCAUCGCCGACGACGAGGACGAGCGCAACGACUGCGACGACUGCGACGAGGACGACGCCGACGAGUGCGACAACUUCACGCGCGCCACCGCCAAGUUCCAGCCGGUAGGCCGUCCGCGCGCACGGUUGCGCGUUCGCGCCCCGGCCGUCCGAAGUCGGCCGCACAUCAAGGAGAGGAAGCUAAGGCGCACUCGAGGAUGCAACUUGUACAGCAUCACGCGACCCGGGGGCUCGCAUCUACGCAUGUGCGUGGUCGUCGGCCGUCGACUGACGGUCCUGCAGUGGAAGCACAACGCAGCCUGGACCAUCUGGUGCUCGGCGGCCGAUACCGACACCGUCGACGGUUUCCUGCUGCUCAAGGAAUUCACGGCGAGCGAAACACCGUCGUUGGUGACGAUGAUCGAGAGCGCCGACCCGUCGAACGAGUGGACCCUGUGCUGCGGCGCCCGCCAUCACUUCGAGCUCAUCUCCGCCAGCGGAGCCUCGAAGAUCGUCCACAUGGACUCGACGGCUAAGCCGCACCUGGUGGCGGCGUUGGACCUCCGCGAGGACGAGGAGCCGGAACUGUUACUUUGUUACAACAACACGUGUCACUUUCAAAAACUGGCGGAAGAGAACGCUGCGCCGACCGAGUUCGACUUCAAUUGGAAUUCGGUGCCGACAGUCGUAGCCUGUGCCUUCCCAUACGUGAUCGCCUUCACCGACGACACGAUGGAGAUCCGUCUGAUAAUAAACGGCAACUUGGUGCACACGAUCGCCAUGCCAAGCCUCAACCUCAUCACCUCGAAGCGCGACAUCUUCUUCGCGACCACGGCGCCAGAGUUCAUGCCGGGGAAGUGCGAACGGAUUCGCUUGGACUCGAAACCCUUCGAGAAAGAUGAAAUGCCCUGCAGCCCGCCGCCUUCCACGCAGUCCUCGUCGUCCUCGCGGUCGUCCGUUCAAGGCGGCCCCAGCGACUGGAAGCCGAUAAGGAUCUACCGGAUACCGCUGCAGACGCUGUCGAGGAGCCCAGCGUCGAACUGCAGCCAAAGGUGUCCGAGUCCCGUGGAGCCGGAAAUCGUCUCCGCGCCGCCCACCACCGACAGGACCUUUCUGAACGUCGAGCCGCAGCGUAUACUGAGCAGAUCCUGCAGCAGCAGCCCGACGCCCACACCGACCACGAGCUUGCCGUCGCCGUGCAGGAAAUAGACUCUGCGCGAAAGACGUCUCUCGCUCCUCCACCAGGCGAACGAGCCGAUCAUUUACCGACUGGCCGGCGACAGUGAAACAAUUCCUGCGCGCCGAAAGAGCGACGUUCGACCGCCGCGAGAGAUCGAUCGCGAGUAAAACCGACCGCCGUACCUGAUCGCUCGCUUCCGAGGCACACGAGAAAUUCUGUCUUUCUCUCUCGCUCUCUCUCUCUCUCUCUCUCUCUCUCUCUCUCUCUCUGUCCCUAUCUCUAUCUCUAUCUCUCUGUGUGUCACUGUUGCGCGCUGUAAAAGUGUGUGCGAUCGCACGCGGAUAUUAUCGUCCGGAUAGAUUCCGGCUGCGCGCCGCGCCUCGACACCUCCAUCGCCUCCUCUCUCUCUCCCUCUCUCUCUCUCUCUCUU